AUGUACUCUCGCGACGACAUCCACUGCGAGUACCCCAGCUACCUCACUUCUACUGUGGUCCAAUGGGUUUCACCUAUGUCAUUGGACACGGCAGAACACAUGGAAGAGGACGAGGACACCUCCAAAUCGAUCCCGAAGUGGGUCGAGUUAGAAUACAUGCACAUGCGCUCUUUAGCAGGCCCUGGAGCCCAUGUCCAUUUCACGCACUUGUCCCAGUCGUCUUGCCCCUCGCUUUCGUCACUAUUUGACCGAGGAACACCGACAGAAAGCUCAGAGUCAGCCCAGGCAUCUUCUCAUCAGGUGUCAGUCAUGGAGCUGAUGAAAGCGAACGACAUACCUCUCAUUAAAGUUUGCCUUCUGGACCCCAAGGCAGAGAAAGAGCUGUCUCCUGAAGACGGAGAUGGUCGAUUCUCCUGGUUCUUGUUCGGGGGCAUCCUCGGCGACGAUCCACCCCGAGACAGAACAUCUGAACUGCGUGCGUUGGGAUUUCCCACACGACACCUCGGUCCGGUGCAAAUGACAACUGAUACCGCUCUCGGCGUGACGAAGAUAGUGGUGCAAGACAAAGUCUCGCUGUCUAAAAUUCCUUUCAUCGAUUAUCCAAAUAUCGUCUUCAAUGCAAAAGAAAGCGUCGAGAUGCCGUUCCGGUACAUCGCCAAUGGCAACGAACCGAUAUUACCCGCCGGCAUGCGAGAGCACUUAUACGAUGAUCUCAACCAGAGCUUCCAGUUCUGA